UGCCAAACGCCAUAGCCAACAGCCAACAGCCAAAGCCGAUCCGGUGUAUACUCUGUGCGGUGCGGUGGUCAAAGUGUGUUCUUUUUCUCGCCUCCCCACUUUUUUUCUUUCUUUCUGAAUUAGUAGCUUUUCUCCACUCUUGCCUCGCAGAGGCUAUAUAAAUAAGCGUACAGAAGUUAUUACUCCGAGUCUCUUUGAACUAAAUGAAGCGGUUGUAUCUUCGUCGUCAUUUUUCUAUAUCUUCGCUUAAUAAAAAAAAUAUAUAUAUAUAAAUUAAAUAAAUUUAUAUAGAAAAUUACAAUUAUUCUUUAUUUCCCCUUCAAAACAAUUUAUUAUAAUUUUGUUCGAUAAAAAAUUCGGCACAUAUUUAACACAACUAAAUCAAAUGGAUAUUUAAAAAAUCACAAGGAUAUAACAAGGAUAUAAAAAAAAUAUUACAACAAUUUAUUGUGAACAACAAAAAUUAAUUAUUAACAAUUUUAUUGUGCAGUGAGAAUUUAUGAAUUGUUUAAAAUAAAAAAUAAGUGGACGAAUAAUUGUGUUUAUAAAAAAAAAAUCCAAAGGAUAACAAGAAAAAAAGCCGGGAUUUUAUACAUUUUGUGGAAACAAUUUUUUUGGAUUUAAAAAAUUAAAAAUAACCACUAUUUGUUUAAGUGGUAGAAUAAUUGUGAAAGGACUUUCCAUCAUGACGAGGAGACGUUCGAGUCCGCUGGGACUCGAAUUAGUUCUGUCGGUGGUGUUAGCACUGGUUGUGUUGCCAUUAUUGUCGCAUGGAGCUCCAGUUCAAGAAUCUCAUGAUCUACAAAAAUACUCAGAAGGAUGUUAUUACAACUACAACCAUUACAGUGAAGGUGAUAGAAUACUAACAAAUGAACCAUGUCUGAAUUGUACGUGCCACAACAAAAUGCUCAUGUGCUACCUGCGAGUUUGUCCAUUCACAAAACCAAUCGGUCAUGAUUGUACAGUUGAAAAACGUGAAGAUCAAUGUUGUCCAAUUGUUACAUGUCCUGAAGUCCCAGUAGAUAUUGCACAUCAUAGUCAUCAAUUGACAACAAGUGCACCAGGAACAGAAUUAAGCAUACCCGAGAAAUACGGAUGCAGUAUUGAUAACAAAUUUUACGUUGAAGGAGCUCAAGUACCAUCGAAUCCAAAUAAACCAUGCGAACUGUGUUAUUGCAUUAGAAAUCGUACUUCAUGUCUUAUGCAAGAAUGUACUUUACAUAUUGAUGGAUGUCAACCAAUUUACAAUAAAGGAUCAUGUUGCCCGGUCAGAUAUAAUUGCGAUCAUGAAAAUGAACUUUUGGAAAUUGAAGAUUUCUCAACAACAACAACAACUAUCCGGCCAACCGAAGGAUACUUGCUGCCAUCAACAACCAGCCCAUCUGUCACAACCGAUUGUGUUCACAACAAUGAAGUUUAUGCUGAUGGAGCCUCGAUUACCGGCAAAAACUCAUGCGAACAUUGUUACUGUAUGCGUGGUGAUAUUGUUUGUGCUGUUCAAGAAUGCGAAAUGCCAACAUUGGAAUCUGGAGCCAAAACUUGCCGUGCUCUACCACCAGCUGCUGGAGAAUGUUGCCCCAGCAAUUAUGUAUGUGAUGAUGACAGCGUUAGUGUAACAACCGAAGGAGGAUUAAUGACUGAAGAUAUAGCAACAACUAUUACACCAAUAGUUCAGAGUAAUCUUCAUGAUUCUGUAUCACAAGAAGAUGUACAAUUGCAAGAACAUAUUGACGAUAAGAUUGCAGUUACCGAAUUGCCAAGUGAAGACACUGAAGAACAAACAGUUCAAAGUGGUCAGAAGGAUGAAAUUGUUCCAACAACUAGCUUACCAAUUGCUGGUGAUGUUGCAGAACCAAGCGAAGAAGAAGAAGUAGAAGAUAAGGUAUCAGAAGUUGAAGAAGAAGAGAAACCACAUUUGACUUCAACCAUAUCAGCUAUCAAAGAGACUAGUUUCGAAACGACACAGUCACCAAUCGAACAUAGCACAACUCAUAAGACUGAAGAAGUAGAAGAAGAAGGUAUUGAAUCUAGUCAUAAGGACAAAGAAGAUCAAUCAACACAAGCACCAAUUGAAGAUGAAAUUAUUAAUGUAGAAAAGGAAGAAGAAGAAGACUCUACAAAGGAUACAACAACUGUUUCGCCAGUUGUAGGUGAUAUACAGAGCACAGAAGAUGAAGAAGUAUCUUCACCAGUUGAAAAAACUACAGCUAGUUCAAUAGUUGAUGAAGAUCAUAAGGAAGAAGACGAAGUUACAUCAGUGCCAUCGAAAGAAAACGAAGAUAAGCCAGUAGAAGAUGAAAGCACUGCAUCAACAGUUGAAAUUACCAAACCCGAAUCACAACCUGAAGAUGUCUUAGCAACAACAUUAGGUUCAGUUGAAGAAUCUGAAGAUAUGGAUAAGAAAUCAGUAACUGAAGCUUCACCAUCGGGUGAAACUGCUUCACAAACAUCCAUGCCAUCGAAGACGGACAUUAAACCUGAAGAAACUUUGCCCGAAGAAGAUUCCGAAAAGGUUGACGUAACGACUGCAUUACCAGAAUUAGAAUCUGAAAAUGUAUCUUCAUCAACAUUGGCCCCAGUUAAGGAAUCUGAGGAUGUGGAAAGUACAUCAGUCGACAGUCAAUCAGAUUCAUCAACAUCUGCUCCAUCAAAGGAAAAUAUUAAACCUGAAGAAACAUCAUCCGAAAGUGGAGACUUUUCUGAAGAAUCUACACCAAGCCAAGGAGGAGAAAUUCAAGAUAAGAUUGAUGAAGAUGUUUCAGAACCUUCUUCGGCAAUUCCUUCAAGUUCUCCAACAUACGAAAUGAUUACUGAAGGUGAUAAUGGAGACAUUAGUAUGCCAGAAAUUGGAGACCACAAGACCGAAUCUGAUUUGCCAAAGAAGAAACCAAAGGAUGAAUUAGAGUCAGUUGAAGAUAUGAACAUUCCAUCAGAUGUUACAAAGGACGAACUUCCACAAGGUUCAAGUGAUGCUACUACUGUUUAUCCAGCUUCUGAUAAGUUAGAUGAAGAAACUUCAUCAUCAAAACCAUCAGAAGAAUCGAUUGAAGAUAAGCUAACAACCGUUAAGCCCAAAACAGAUGAAACUACUCAAGCCACAACUGAAGACAAACCCGUUCUUGAAGAAGACGAAAUUCCAGCUGUUGUUGAAGAAAUUACAGGAACAUCCAGCAAACCAUUUUCUGGAGAUAUUUCUGACGAAAUUGAUACAUCUUCACAAACAACCGCACUUCCAAUUGAAGAUGAGGUUAAGGAAAGUCAAGAUGAGAAGGAUGAACAACUAUCUACCGAAGCAGCAAUUACAGAGAAACAGAAAACAACAACUGGUCGACCAAUUAGAAUUCAUAUUGCCGAUGAAGAAGAAGAAUCUGCAGAAAUUACAACAAAGGCUACAGAAAAAGAUGAGUCUUCAACUUCUGUACAUUCUGAUGUUGAUUCAAUUCCAUCAGUUACAGAGAAAGAAGAAGACAUGGAAAUCUCCACAUCAUCUUCACCAACUGCUAUUGAUUCUGAAAAACCAAGUGUUGAAGAUGUGCAAAUUAAGGAUGAACAAGAUACAACAGUGAAAUCACCAUCAUCUGCUGAUGAAAGUGAAGAUGCUAAACCAGAAAAGGAAUCUGAAGAAUCAUCAACGCCGGAAGAUGAAGUUUCUGAAUCAGUAACCAUUGCUACAUUAGGUUCUAAGGCACCUGAAACUGAAGACAAAGAAAGUGAAGAUAAACCAGAAAGUGAUGUAGGAGAUUCAACAACUGCAAUUCCAUCUGUUGAUGAAUCAGAAGAACCACAUUUCGGAGAGGGACAAGACGUUGUACAACCAGAACACAAAAUUGAAUUGACUACUAUUGCCCCUGAAGCAGAUAUUUCUGAAGAAGAACAAAAGAAGAAACCUGAACAAACUUUGACUGAUUCAACAACUAAACAACCUGAAGAUGAAGAAUCAAUUGCCGAAGAAGAUGUAACAAAGAGUAAGCCUGUAUACGAUGCUACUGAAAAACCUGCUGUUAUUGAAUCUGAACCAACAAGUGUUGAAGAAGAUAGUGAGAAGCAGAAACCAGAAGAAGCUAUUGAUUCAACGACCAUUUCUUCAGAAUCUAAACCUGAAAUUCCAAGCAUUGAAGAAGAUGUCAAACCAGAACUUGGCGCAAGUGAUCAAAUAACUACUGUUAGUCCUGCCGUUAGUGAAUCUGAAGUCUCAAGCGCUGAAGAAGCAGUUACUAAAACUUCGGAAGAUCAAAUUUCAAAGGCAACAACAGUAUCUUCAGUAUCAGCAGAAGAUAAAAUUAGUGAAAAAGAACCAAGCGUUGAAGAAACAGCGGCCACAGUUAGUGAGAAGGAACCAACUAUUGAAGAAAAAGCCACCACACCUUCAUCCGUUGAAGAUUCUUCUGUUGUCACUCAACAAAGUGAAAUUGAGAAGCAACCAGAACAAGGCAUUUCUGAAGCAACAACUUCCGUUCCAUCAAUUGUUGAUGAAUCAGAAACUUCCCAAAAAGAAGAAGGCGAAGAACACAAAGAAAAACCAACUAUUUCUGAGGGUGAAACAUCUUCUUCUGAUGAUUCAACCACAGUUGCUCCUUCUGUUGAUAUUUCAGAUGAAGAAGUGAAGAAGGAUGAAGUAUCUGGUGAUUUGACAACUGUAUCUUCAAUAACUUCUGAUGAAGAAAUCAAAAAACAACCAGAACAAGGUAUUGAAGACUCUGCAACUACGACUCCUGAAAUUUCAACUGCUAGUGAUGAAGAGAUAAAAAUACAACAACAAACAACUAUCAAACCUCUUCUAGACACUGGAUCUUCAAUUACUGAAAAGGAAGAUAUUCCAAGUGAAGAGGACUUAUCAACCCGUGCACCAUCAACAGCAACAGAUACUCAACCUGGUCUAGUUUCUGAUGAAAAAGAAGAUUCUACGACUUCUGUUCCCAGCAAAGAAAUUGUUGAAGAACAAGAAACAAUCGAUCUUCAAACAACUGCUUCACCCAUUGAACAUACCGAUAAGGAAUCUUCUGAACCAAUCGACACAUCUGAGGGUGAUAGCGGAAUUCCUCUGCAUGAUAUUAUUCCAGCGGCUAUUCCUGGAGAAGGCGAUUGCUUAGCAAAUGGUAAAACAUUCUCAAACAAUGCAUCAAUUCCAACAGCUAGCGAAUGUGAACUUUCGUGUACUUGUGUGAAUAGUAUCGUUGUUUGUCAACGAGUUCCAUGUUAUGAACCACCAACACCAAACAAUUGUGUCUUGGAUGAGGCUAGCACUGACAAAUGUUGUCCACAGUAUAUUUGUGGUAUUGACAGUUUUGCACCAGGUCAAGGACCAACUACUCCUGAAGAAAUUGAAGAUGGAGAAAUUCAAUUCACUACAUUGGCGCCAACAAAGAAAUAUCCUGAAAUUUCUACAGAAUCGGUAGAGUUGACACAAAAACCAGAAAUUGAAGAUGAACCAAUCAGUCAAACUGAAUCUUCCAAGACUGAAAUUCCAGCAACUUCUGAUGAAAGUACAACACCUUCGUCUGUUUACUUUGAACAACCAAUUGUGACUCCACAAGAACCUAUGUCUCAUGUCAAGGCCGAUGAAGCAUCAACUGAACAAGCUGGUGAAGACAUAUAUGCUGAAGAUUCAACAACAACUAAACAACCAAUUACUGCUAAACCAACAAAGCAAGUCACUGGUGAUAUUGAAGAAGAGCCCAUUGAAGUCACUUCGUCGAUACCAGAAUAUGGUGCUUCAUCAAAGAAACCUGAAGCCAUUGACGAAGAAGAUCAAAUUGCUACCGCUGCUCCAACUCACGAAGAACAUCCAUCUACUUCAGGUCCAGUUGACAAGAAGCCUGAAGAAGAAAUUGUUGCUGAAGAAGACCAAACUGCUACAGCUGCUCCAACGCACGAAGAACAUCCAUCUUCUUCAGGUCCGGUUGACAAGAAGCCUGAAGAAGAAAUUAUUGCUGGAGAAGAAACCGUUACUAAGUCUCCUAUUAGUAUGGAUGUUUCUGAAACUGCUGCAGUUACUGAAGAUAAUCUUGAGAAGGAUGUCACAACUGUUCAACCUAUUAAGUCUGAACCAAGCACCGAAGCACCAUCAGUCCCAGCAGUUACUCAGACAGACGAUUCAGCACAAAGUGAAGAAACAACUGAAAUUUCUGAAGAAAGUUCUAACGAAUCAGGAGAAGAAACUGAUUCUGAAGAAAUUACUAAAUCUCCAAUUAAGGAAGUCGAUGAAGAAAAAGAAGAAGUAGAAAAAACUACUACAUCUAAACCUUUAGUAUCGGAACAUGUAGGUGAUAUCGAACCUAUUGAUGAAAGUACAAACAUUCCAGAAAUUGAUAUGGUUAAACCAGAAAUGCCUGAAGAUCUUUCACAUACCAAGGUUGAAGAUGAAGGUCCAUCACCACCACAUAAAGAAGAAGCUACAAAACCAAUUGAAGAAAGUGAAGAUGCUGGAGAGAAAAUCUCCACAACCACUUCUAGCACAUUUAAAGAGAAACCAUCGAAACCAAUUGACUCUGGAGAAUCUGAAGAAGAUCAAGGAAGUGAAGAAGCUAUUGAGAAAGUUUCUACCACUACUGCUAGUACUAUUAAAGAGAAACCUAUCAAACCUACCGACUCUGAAGAAUCUGAAGAAAACCAAGAAAGUGAAGAAGCUAUUGAUAAAAUUAUCACAACUCCUGCUACUACUGUUCUUACACGUGUUGAACCAAUUGAAGACGAUUUACAUAAGGUUGAAAUUUCUGACAAAAAAGAUGAUGAGAUCACAUCUUCAGAAUCUCCAGAACAACAAGAACCAAUUGAAGAUCAUUUGGCUCCAAAUGAAGACAAACCUAUUUCUUCAACAAUCAAACCAGAAGAAGAAUCAGAUUCAGAAACAGCCACUGAAACGAAGAAAGAUACAAUUGAUUCUCAAACAAGUUCUCCUGUACCAGUUUCGGGUGAUGAAUAUCAAACUAUUUCUCCUGUUGUUGAUGAAGAAAAACCAAUCAUUCCAACAAAGGAAGAUGAAGAUAAGGAAGAUAUAACACCUUCCACAAGUAUUCCAUCUAUUGAAGAGAAUAUUAUUGAAGGAAGUGGUGCUGAUAUAUCAGAAGAAGAUAAACAAGACAAGAAAACCGAUGUGGUUAGUUCAACCAUUACUCCAAUUGCUGACCAAACUCUUGCCCCAGUUUCAAGUGAUGAAAACGUUCAUAUUCCAAGUCAUACUAGUGUCCCAGAAUCUGAUGAUCAUACACCUAGGGCUGACUAUGAACAAGAUAUUAAGAAGGACGAAAUUCCUAGUCAGACCAGUGCUCCAACAAUUGAAGAACAAUCAACUGAAAGAAGUGAAGACAAACCUGAUAUUGAAGAAGAUAAGGUUACUAGUCAAACCAGUGUUCCAGAUUUAGAAGAAGACAAUAAGAAUGAUGUAACUUCAGCUACACCCGUUGAAGAUGGAAGUGGUGCACCAAUUACAGAUAGCAAACCUAGUGUUGGAGAGGAAGAGAUUGUUAGUCAAACCAGUGCUCCAGUUAUCGAUGCCACUAUCUCGCCAACAGUUGAAGAAGAUUCAGUUGAAGGAAGCGGUUCACCUAUCUCAGAAGACAAAACUGAUGUUGAAAAGGGUGAGCUUCCAACUAUCCAACCUGCUACUUCAGAUUCCGACGAAGAAAUCAAGAUUGAUGUAACCACCUCUACCCCAGUCGAAGAGGGAAGUGGUGCACCAGUAUCUGAAGACAAACCUGAAGAUCAGAAUGAGAUUAUUAGCCAGACCAGUGCUCCAGCUGUCGACAAACCUAUUUCCCCAACUGAAGAAGAAGAAGAUUCUGUUGAAGGAAGUGGUGCACCAGUAUCUGAAGACAAACCAACUGUUGAACAGGAUGAGAUUGUUAGUCAGACCAGUGCUCCAGCUGUUGACACACCUAUUUCCCCAAUUGAAGGAAGUGGUGCACCAGUAUCUGAAGACAAACCUGAAGAUCAGGAUGAGAUUAUUAGCCAGACCAGUGCUCCAGCUGUCGACAAACCUAUUUCCCCAAUUGAAGAAGAAGAUUCUGUUGAGGGAAGUGGUGCACCAGUAUCUGAAGACAAACCAACUGUUGAACAGGAAGAGAUUGUUAGUCAGACCAGUGCUCCAGCUGUUUCUCCAAUUGAAGAAGAAGAUUCCGUUGAAGGAAGUGGUGCACCGGUAGCUGAAGACAAACCAUCUGUUGAUCAGGAUGAGAUUAUUAGCCAAACCAGUGCUCCAGCUGUCGACACACCUAUUUCCCCAACUGAAGAAGAACAUUCAGUUGAAGGAAGUGGCGCACCAAUUUCUGAAGCCAAACCUGGUGUUGAACAAGAUGAGAUCGUUAGUCAAACCACUAGUGCUCCAGCUAUAGAAAAACUACCGUCAACUUCACAACCAGAAGAAGAAGAUAAAAUUGAUGUAACUUCUUCACCAACGAGUGAAGAUCUUCCAAGCUCUGAAGAAGAUAUUGCAAACAAAGAAAAGCCAGAAAGUCAGACAACUGCUCCAAUAAGUGAAGAAGAACUAAUAACUCUUUCUCCAGUAUCUGAAGAUGAAUCUUCAUCCAUUGUCCCAUCUACUGUUGCUCCAAUUCUUGCUCCUAACCAAACUAAAUCACCAAUUGCUAUUGUCCCAUCUUCAGAAGAAGAAGGAACAGAUGAAGAACAAACUAGCAGUACUUUAGUACCUGUGAGUGGUUUAGAUGUCAAACCAACAACUGAAAAAGCCCCACAUGAAGAUGAAACAACAUCUGCAGAAGAAGAAAUUGUUUCUGGAACCGUUGCUUCAAAUGCUGAAGAUAAAUAUGAAGAAACCGAACUUCCUGAAGAUAAAACACCAUCUGUUUUGAUUGAAGAAAACGAAGUGGAAAUUGAUUUCACAACUCUUUCUACUGUUACCAAAGCUCCAGCUGGAUCUAUUCCAACUAAAGAAAUUGAAGCAAGUGAAGAUAAUGUUGAUGUUACAGAAGCUCCUUCAAAGGAAUCUUCAGGUGAAGACAAUUUGGGUGCUACAGAAAGUUCUGCAACUUCAGUUCCAGUUAAAACUAUCGAUGAAGACAAGGAAAUCACUGAAGAAGAUGCAACAAGUUCAACCGAUAUUCCCACCAAAAUCAUUGAUGAAGAAGGUGAUAGUUUGGAUACCACUAAGCUUCCAUCCAGUUCAACUCCUUCGGCAGCAACUGAGAGCAUUGAUGAAGCUACAAAACAACCCCAAACUUCUGACGAGUCUUCUUCAGUUGAAGGUGACGCUGUAUCUUCUGUUACUGUGUCUUCAUCUACUUCAGAUGAAGAAGUUAUUCCUCAGACUGAAGCACCAAGUAAAUCUGAUGUCGUACCUUCUGAUGAAAAAUUACCAAUUGCCCACACUGAUGAAGAUAGCUCAGAUGAAGAACAACACACUGACAAAACUCUUCUUCCAACUGAAACUGCUGUGCCAGUGAGUGGAACUGAAAGUCCCUCAGUUGGAUCUGAAAUUGAAGAUUCUGAUAGUGAAGACAAAUUAGGCCAAACCGUUACUAAAAAACCAGAGUUAGUGAGUGAAGAAAGUUCUACUAAACCAUCAAAGGAUGAAAGUGAAAGCUCAGAUGCAACUGUAAUGCCUGAAACCAUUUCAAGCCAUGAAACCAUGCCACAUCAAAGUAAACCAGAAUCUGAUGAUCAAAUUUUGAUUGAAGACGUUGCAACUGUUAAACCUUUAUCUGAUGUGAUUCCAGAUCAAACUGAAAGUUCUGUUGAUGAAAAGAAACCUUCUCAAACAACCCAAACUCCAGCUGUGGUUGAUAAAACCGAAUCUGAUGAAAAACCAGAAUCAGUUGAAGAAGAAUCGACUGAAGACAAUGAUAGCAAAACACCCAAGCCAGCUGUUGAACCUUCUGUUUCAUCUGAGGAAGAUGUAUCAUCUGAAGACAAUAAACCAGAAGAUAUUAAACCAAUUGCUCAAACCGAAAGUCCCAGCACAGAGACAGUUGAGAAAGAAAUUUCAUCAAGUAAACCAAUUGAAGAUCAAACCGAAAAGAUUGCACCUGCAACAGAAUCUGAAGAAGAAGAAGAAAUUAGUACUGGAAAACCUGCUGAAGAAAUUAUUCCAACAAAAUCUGAUGAACAAGAUGUUGUUAAAGUUUCUUCAACUGUUGCUUCAGUUGAUGAACAACCUACAACAUUAUCUUCAAUUGAUGUACAUCCUGAUUCUGAGCAAAGUUCUUCUACAGACAAAUCUGAAGAAGAAGAAAAGGAACAUACUGAAGCACCAAAAGAAGAUAAUAAGGUUCAAACUGUUGGCGAAUUCGUAACAGAACGUGCUGAAGAUGCAACAACUGCACUUCCAAUCGUUAUCGAAGAUAAGGAAUCAAUCCCAGAACAACCAAUUUCACCGCAAUUGCCCGAAACAGUAACGUCAUUACCUGAAGAUGAAGAAAAGGAAAAACCUGAAGCACCAGUUGUGACCGAAGCACCCGCAUCUGAAGAAACUGAAGAUCAAACACAGGUUCCCGAAGUUCCACCACAAGUUGUUGUUGCAGAAGAUGCCAAACCAGAAGUUCAGAGUUCAACAGAGGAAUCCGAAGAAAAAACCCAAGCACCUGAAAUUACAUCCGAUAUUUCAGAAGAAGAUCAUAAACCUCUUGUUCCCGAAACAAGUUCAGAAAGUUCAGACGAAAAGACACCUGCUCCUGAAACUCAAACAGAAAUCACAGAAGAAGAUCAUAAGCAACAUGUUCAGCCAACUGAAGGUGCAAUUGCAAGUUCGUCAACCGACAAACCAAUUGUACCAACAAUUGAAGACAAAAUUGACUCAGAUAUUCCCAAACCAAUUGACACAGAUGAACAACCUAUUUCGGAAGAACAAGAGACUCCCUUACCAACAACCGUUCACCCAUUAUUCCCACACAUCGAACACGAUCGCACAACUUCUGCUCCUGAUCAGCUUAAUGCCACUGACAAAAUUGACCAUAAAAUCCCUGAACUACCAUCAUCUGCUCCAACAACAGAACAACCAACAACAUCACAAGCAAUCACAAAUGCACCAACAUCACACUACCAACCACCUGGCUAUGGACAAGUUCCACCCGCAUAUCCAUCAUAUGCCGAAGAUGAAUACACUGAUGAAGAUGAAACAGAAGUCUUUGGACCUGGUACAUGCCGAUAUGGUGGAAAAUUAUUCGUUUCAGCACAACAAAUACCACGUGAUGAUCCAUGUGAUUUCUGUUUCUGUUUCCGAAGUGAUAUUAUUUGCUUGCAACAAUCAUGCCCGCCACCAAUAUCGGGAUGUCAUGAGGAACCUAUAAGUGGAUUCUGUUGUCCACGUUAUGAGUGCCCGGUGUCAAUGGCAACAACACUUAAUAUAACAACAAGUACAACAACAACUAGCACAACGUUACCGCCUCAUUUCUUACAUCAUGCGUAUAGGGGAGCGGCAGCAAAGAAUGGAUGCCAUAUUAGUGGAAAGUCAUAUAAGGUGGGCGAUAAAAUCGACUCAGCCAGUGGACCAUGCAUGCACUGCACGUGUGGUGGCGACGGACAAAUGAAGUGUGAUCCCAAAACAUGCUCACCCGAGCCAAUGCUACGUCAAAUGAUUGCUGUUGUUGCGUCACGCCGAAGAUGAGGAACUAGCCAUUAAUUAUUUUAAUUUUUUUUUAGAAAACAAAGAAUAAUGCAGCAAUAUUAUAUUAAGGUGCCACAACACACAAUUAACACCGGUAUAAAAAACACAAAAAAGAAAAUGUAAUACUAAAUAUCUCAAUUCCAUAAUUAUAAGAAACUUAAUUUUUAAGAAUAAAAAAUGCAAACAACAAUAAUUAUUAAUUAAAUAAUAAUUGAUGAGAAUUGAAUUGAUUUAGAAACAAAAAAAAAAACGAAAAAAAAAAAACAUUUUAAAAUUUAUAAACGAAAAAAUGCAACCAACAACAAAAAAAAAACAAAAAAUAUUGAUUGAAUUAGAAUUUAGUUUAUUAAAUGUCAGAAGCAACCAGUGAUAUUGUGCUGUAUACAUAGUAUAGGUGCAAUUAAUUUAGCUCGCACUUACUUAUUACAAUUAAAAACAAAAAAAAUAAUAAAUGAAAACAAAAAAGAUUACUAUAAGUAUAAUAAUAAUAUUAAUUACAAUAAAUUAAAAAAUGUUAUUUUUGUAACGUGAUUUUUUGUUGCAAAUCUAAAAACAAUUUUUUAUUAAAUUGGCAAUCAAUAAAUUACGUUAUGAAUUUGAUUAAAUUUAUAAUUUAAACUAGAAUGUUAUUAAUUUUAAGUUUUUUUUUAUGUUUUUUUUUUAAUUUUUAUUUUUUUUUUUAUAAUUGUAAAUUGUUGCUUCUUCUUCUAGUCUUCUUUGUUUUGUUGUUAGAGCAACAAGUUCUUAAAAUACCUAAAGCAUUGUCUUCUUUCCUACUACGACCUAUAAAUUAUAAAUUAAAAAAAAAUGACUUUAGGAGAAGUUUUAAAUAAAAAAUAAAAAAUAUUGAAAACAAAAAAUUAAAAAAAAAAAAAAAAUUGUAGAAUAGAACGAAAAAAUAAAAAUAAAACUUUAAUUGUUUACGUGUAUCUAUUUAAUAAAUAGAUAUCCCUAAAUGAAAUUUAAUAAUUUGUUUAGUUGAAAAAAAACUAUAACUUAAUUAUAAGUGUAUUUAAAUUAAUAUUCAUAGUAAUUAAAAUAAAGAAUACAAGAUUUAGCAUACGCAUACAUAAUGCACAUCCUAUUGUUCGACUGAUUGAAAAUCCAAUGAUAGUUUUUUACUUUUUUACUAAAAUACACAUAAACACACUUAUUAAUAAAUAAUAAAAAAAAACGAAA